AUGGCCGCCGUAGUUGCUCCUGCUGGGGGAUUUACUGUUGUGACUCAUACGUACCCACAACAUGCACAGCAGCCAACUAGUGGAACUGCACCAACCGUCGACCAUCAUAAAUUCCUCAUUGGAAAACCAAUGGCCCUGGGGACGGUUCAAAUAAUGAUCGGUGUGGUUGUACUGCUGUUUGGAGUUGUGAAUGCAUGUUAUGCCAUGACUAUUUCCAUCUUCUCUGGUGUCAUGUUCUGGGGAGCAAUCAUUUACAUGGUCGCAGGUGGACUUACUGUAGGAGCCAGUAAGUCCCCGAAUUUGUGCUUGGUCAGAGCAUCACUGGGGAUGAACAUCUUCAGCACGAUCACCGCAGGGAUUGCCAUCAUUCUGCACAGUUUUGAUUUCGUUUUCAUCGGCGGCAUCUAUGGCUGCUACAGAGCAGUACAGGGUAUUGCUGGGGUGAUGCUGGUGUUGUCUGUGCUGCAGUUCAUUGUCUCCAUUUGUGUGUCAGCCUUCGCCUGCAAAGCCACCUCCUGUUGCACCGAUACUCAGCAGGUGAGAUACAUGUCAAGCCAGGCGAUUCCAACCACCCAUCAGGCUGCUGCUUCACUGAACCCUCAGGUGAUGUACCUUCCCAACCAGGGCUCCUCCCCUUCCUGUCCACCUGUCUGCUACUCCACUGGCCACCUCUCAGACACCUGCUGCCUUCCCACCCACCGUGGAGCCUCCUGCUUACAGCAAGAGCUGAGGGCCUGA